AGCAUGUUUGUCCUCCAGUGAAUAAAUGAAGGACCACACCAACAUUAUGACAGCAAAGCCAACGCACUUUUCUCCUAAUCUUCCUCUGGAUUCUGGAUUUCCACCAAAUCUUUGCUUCUCUCCCAGACAAGGACCCAGUUUUGCUUCAGGGUGGUUGAUAGUUGCAGAAGAGAAGAUAAAACAAGGCUCCUGAAGAAAUCCUGGGUGAAGAAGGUUGAAGAAAGUUGAUGGGUCAUCACCACCACCACCACCACGAUGAUGAUGAGCAUGGUCUCCUCUUGCUGUGCUGUUGCUGGCCAUGCUUGGUGGUGUCCUCUAUCUUUAGAGGAAUAGGGAGAUGCGUCUCCGCGGCCGGUUAUUCUCUGAUGCAGUGCUUCGGAUUUGACUGCCACCACCAUCACCAUUGUCAUUUCCACUGAUCAUUCUUCAUUGCUUUGAGACUUGAUUUGGGAGGUCGAAUUCAUGUGGGGUUUUAUUUAUCUUUCAGGGUUUCUUUUUUUUUUUUUUUUUGAAGACGAAAUCUGAUCAACAAAUAGUUGAUAUUGUUGGGUUUUGCAGUUUUUCUUAGCUUUGGAUGCUUCCGUUUCAGCAAUCUGUUACCCAAGAAAAUUUGAAUCGGUUUUACAAAAGCUUGCUUCCCAUACCUCUCAAACACUAAAUCCAGAUUUUGAAGUUCAAUUCUUCAAUUUUUAAGAAGAUUGGUUGUUAUGAGAAAUGGGAGCAACAUCUAGUAUGGGGGUAUCUGCUUCCUGGGCUAAUUCCCAAUUAUUUAUCCAUAGGACCAUAUCCUCUCAAUCUCUUCCGUUGAUUUGGAGGCUUCCUAAUUUAAAUUGAUUAGAGGCAUGACUUUUUCAGCUGUCGUGUUUGGUUUGAGAUGAAGUACCGAUGAAAGAAAGAAAGAAAAAUUAUUUUUCAUGUUUAGUUUUCUUAUGAAAACUAUAAAAUAAACAAGAAAAAAUAAUUAAAAUUAGUUAUAAAUUCUAAUAUUAAUUUUAAAUCCAUAUAUUUUUUAUUUUUUAUUUUUUUUCGAAUACAUAUAAAUUAAUAAUCUCAUUAAAAUAAUAGAAUCUUAAGGUCCCCUUUAGGUAGUGUGCUAAAUUAAUAAAGUCAGAUAAUAUUUUAUUCAAGAAUCCUUAAGGGUUAAGUAAAUAUAAAUUAAUAAUUGUAAAAAUACAUUAAAAAAAUAGCAAGCAUAAAAAAUUCAUAAUAUAAUAUUGUGUAAUUUUUUAUAAUUUUUAUUUUUUAAAUUCAAUAUUAAGGUUUGGAUAUCUCUUUUUUAAAACUCUUGAAUAAAAUACUUUUUCUAAAUUAAUAAAUAUUCAUUUAUUGAUAAAUUAAUAAUCUUAUUAUUCAAUGUUUUUUUAAUAGACUAAAAAACAUUAAAAUAUUAAAGUUUUUUUGUUUAAUUAAAAAUAAGUUAUCAAUAUCAAUAAAUAUAACAUAAUUGAACUUAUUAACAAUAAUUUCAGUUUAAUUGUAUUUAUUGAUAUUUAUUUUUAAUUAAAUAAAAAAAUUAAAUAUUUUGAUUUUUUAAUUUAAAAAAAAAACAAAUACCACCUUAGAUAAUAAUUUCUUUUAUUUUUGAUAAUAUUAUUUACCUUAUAUUUUUGUUUAAGCUACCGCAUAAAUUGUAAUCUUGGAGUCGAUAGCGGCCAAAAUGAAAAAUAAAAAAACAUGAAGCAUAUGUAUAUGAAGGUUUUGUUAAGUGACUAAUUUAAUUCAAAAAGUCCAAGAUCAAUUAUGUAUAUCAUAUCAUGUUAGACUAACAAUUUAACUUUUAGUUACGGAAAAAUAUAUGAUCCCUGGCUGCUUGAUGAUAUUUAGGCCCCUUGGAUGUCCAUGGUCAAUAAGAUUGUCGCCUCUACGUCUAAACGCAGCGUUUCGUUCUCAACUUGUAUCUUGUAUCUCACCUCGUUUUUAUCGACCUUGCCAUGUGGGUCAAAAAAUGGAAUCAACCCCCAACUGGGCCCCAAUCCAAUGGUGUCAGCUAAAUGGGCUUGUUCGGCCCAAUACCACAAACUCUUGUCGUAUUUUCCACGUGUCUUUUUGCGUGAGACACGUCUGACAAAUAAAAUAUUUGUUAAUCAAGGGUUUUAUCUGUCUGAUGGUUGUCACAAUGUUCACGUUUUUUAUUAUUCCUCUACACUCGGCUCCACGCUACUCUCUCUGAGCCACACCAAUCAAGGGGCUCAACCCUCACGACACGUAACUUAAAUGCGAAGCAAACUCAAGUGUGGCCCACCACUAAAGCCAAGCUGUGGGCCGGGGAAAAUCUGGGCCGUCGAAAGGCAUGCAAUGAGGGAAGCAAAUUAACGCGAGAAAUUGAUCAUGUCGCGAUCAAACACAAUACGGCGUGGAUUGAACCCUUUUCUUAAGCCUCCAUUGAUGGCGGUUCAGAUCUCCUAUUAGUUCAAGGAUACGGGUCGUGCAUGAGCUUCUCUUUAUGAGUGUAUAACGAUUAGGCGAAGUGAUUUUCUCGGAAUAGAAUCCUGUUUGGAAAACAGUUAGAAGUUAGAACUGAUUAGAUCACUUUGUUCUCCUUGGAAGCCUCCUUUGUUUUCCUUGGGAUUCUUUUCUUCCUUACACCCAAACCCAAUCUCUUCUGCUGAAGACCCUUAAGGGUUUGUGCUUAAUCUUUAAUUUUUGUUCCGGGUUUGUGUACAUCCUGUUUUUACAAGAGGGUUUGGUUCAAUUUCAUCGAAUUUGGGUUCAUUUAAUUAUUACUCGAUUUUUGGGGAGAGCCAAGUAAAUUGAUUUGGUUGAUCUUGAUUCUUCUCUUUGGGGGAGAAUCUGCGGGAAAAUGAGGGAAAAGUUAGGGCUUUUAGUGUGCGUAUGGUUUGUGUUAUGGGGGUCGUGCGUGGGGAGGUUUGUGGUGGAGAAGAACAGCUUGAGAGUGACUUCUCCGGAGUCAUUGAAGGACGUGUAUGAAUGUGCAAUUGGGAACUUUGGAGUUCCUCAGUAUGGAGGAACCAUGGUUGGGACUGUGGUUUAUCCCAAAGCCAAUCAAAAGGCUUGCAAGAGCUUCGAGGAUGUCGAGAUUUCCUUCAAAUCGAAGCCUGGAGGGUUACCCACCUUUCUUCUUGCCGAUCGUGGAGAUUGUUUCUUCACCUUGAAGGCAUGGAAUGCUCAGAAUGCAGGAGCAGCUGCUAUUUUAGUCGCAGAUGACAAGAUUGAACCUUUAAUCACCAUGGACACACCUGAAGAGGAGAAUGCACAUGCUGAUUAUCUUCAGAACAUAACAAUUCCCUCAGCACUUAUUAGCAAAUCUUUUGGGGACAGUAUCAAGAAUGCUCUAUCUAAGGGUGACAUGGUUAACAUAAAUCUUGAUUGGAGGGAGUCUCUUCCACAUCCGGACGAGCGGGUUGAGUAUGAAUUCUGGACAAAUAGCAAUGAUGAGUGCGGGCCGAAGUGUGAGAGCCAGAUUGAGUUUGUUAAGAACUUUAAAGGAGCUGCUCAGAUAUUUGAGCGGAAAGGGUAUACUCAGUUCACCCCACAUUAUAUAACUUGGUAUUGCCCAGACGCUUUUAUUUUGAGCAAGCAGUGCAAGUCUCAGUGCAUCAACCAUGGGAGAUACUGUGCCCCGGAUCCUGAGCAGGACUUCAGUAGAGGGUAUGAUGGGAAGGAUGUUGUGGUUCAAAAUUUGCGCCAAGCUUGCUUUUUUAAAGUGGCCAAUGAAAGUGGAAAGCCUUGGCUUUGGUGGGACUACGUUACUGAUUUUGCAAUUCGUUGUCCAAUGAAAGAUAAGAAGUAUUCUAAAGAGUGUGCAGAUCAAGUUAUCCUGUCUCUUGGUGUUGAUGUCAAGAAGAUAGACCAAUGUAUUGGAGACCCUGAGGCAGAUGUGGAUAAUCCAGUUCUUAAAGCUGAACAGGAUGCACAGAUUGGCAAAGGCUCCCGUGGGGAUGUGACUAUAUUGCCCACACUUGUAAUAAACAAUAGACAGUACAGAGGUAAGCUGGACAAAGGAGCAGUUCUCAAGGCCAUUUGUGCCGGUUUCCAAGAGACCACUGAACCAACCAUUUGUCUUAGUGACGAGGUAGAGACAAAUGAGUGUUUGGAAAAUAAUGGUGGAUGCUGGCAGGAUAAGGCUGCUAAUAUUACUGCAUGCAAGGAUACAUUUCGGGGCAGAGUGUGUGAAUGUCCUAUUGUGCAAGGCGUCAAGUUUACUGGUGAUGGUUAUACUAAUUGUGAAGCUUCAGGAGCUUUACGCUGUGAAAUCAACAAUGGAGGCUGUUGGAAGGACACCAAAGAUGGCAGCACAUACUCUGCUUGUGUUGAUGACAAUUCAAAAGGUUGCCAAUGCCCACAGGGAUUCAAGGGAGAUGGAGUCAAAACUUGUGAAGAUGUGAACGAAUGCAAGGACAAGGUUGCCUGCAAUUGUCCAGAGUGCAAAUGCAAGAAUACCUGGGGAAGUUAUGAGUGCAGCUGCAGUGGCAAUUUAUUGUACAUGCGAGAACAUGACGCCUGUAUAAGUAAACAUGUUAAAACAGAGGUUAGCUGGAGCUUUAUUUGGGUCAUCAUUCUUGGAUUGGCAGCAGCUGGAGUUGGAGGAUAUGCCCUGUACAAGUACAGAAUCCGGAGAUACAUGGAUUCUGAGAUUAGGGCAAUCAUGGCACAGUACAUGCCUUUGGAUAAUCAAGGAGAGAUUCCAAAUCAUGUUCCCCAUGGGGACAUUUAGACAAUUGGAGUGGCGGAUGGAGGUAGAUGAAAAAGAGGAGAAGAGGAGAGACAUGCCCAUGUCCUAAGAUCCUCUCCCCACAUAUUUUUCAUCAUCUGUGGAGAUGUUAAAACAGAAGCUGGUGGCUGUUGUCAUGUAGGAAUUACACUUGCAUUUUGUGUGGGAAGUCUGACUUCUUGCAUCCACAUACUACUUUUUUCACUGUUUUUUCAUGUAAGACAUUUGUUUAUCCUACUCCUUAAUGUAUAUUUGAAUCUUAAUUAGCUAGCAUACUUCCAUAAAGCUACAAAAAUUUUCCCACUUACGAUGUGUUUCCGUGGAUCUCAAUACGGAAUUUUUAAUGGAUAUUUUUUUAUUUAUCGUGA